UGCGCACAAAACCAGAAGAACAGUUGGCCGCGUGACUUAACAGUGAUCAGUCAAGCUAACACCACCUCCUGCUGCUGUCCCCGUUGCUGUUCCCGAUAUUGAACAUGGCCCUCACACCCCUGGCCCUCUGCCUGGCCCUCAUGGCCCUCCUCACACAAGAUGUGAGAGGAGAUGGAGGAGCUUCCUGGACCUACAGUGGUCAACAUGGUCCAAGGCACUGGGGGACGAUGUUUCGAACCUGCGCUGGUAACCGUCAGUCGCCCAUCAACAUCGAGACAGCCAACGUCAAGACAGAGUUCUGGAAGCCGCUGCGCUUCAAGAACUACGAUGACCCACCCACGCGCAUGCGCGUCAAAAACAACGGCCACUCUGCUCAGGUUGAGAUAGAUGCAGCAUCGGCUCCCCGCGUCACUGACGGUGGGCUUAAGGGAGAUUAUAUCUUUGCUCAGUUCCACUUCCACUGGGGAGCUGACUCGGCACUAGGCUCUGAACACACCAUUGAUGGAGUCAGGUACCCCAUGGAACUCCACCUUGUACACUACAAUGGUGCCUAUGGUUCACUAGCUGAGGCUAUCAAGAGGCAGGAUGGUCUGGCAGUGUUGGGAGUGAUGCUGGAGGUGUCAGAAACUGAUAACCCAGCUCUCACACCUCUCACUAAUGCUCUCCUUAAUAUCACCGAAUCUGGUAUGUUCUCUGGUGUGAGUGCGACCUACCCGCUGCGGGCCUUCCUGCCCAACAACGUGGAUAAGUUCUACAGAUACGAGGGAUCGCUAACCACACCCACCUGUAACGAGGUUGUUACCUGGACGGUCUUCGCCCAUGCUAUUCCCAUCUCAGAGAAACAGCUGAGGAACUUCCGAGCCAUGAUGAACGAUCAUCACGAACCUUUGGUUAACAACUUCCGUCCACCUCAGCCACUGAACAAUCGCAAGGUGUUGGUGGCCGCGCAGAGCAGCGGAGACUCAGCCACCAUGAAGAAGAUUGGCCUAACUGUCUACUUCAUGACCUCUAUGGCUGUUCUCAUGAUGAACAUGUAGAGCCUGAGGCACAUUUCUCACCACCACCACCAGCCUUCUUUCUCCUCCUGACCACCAUCAUCACUACAAGAUAUGAUAAAUAUGCAACAAUCUUACCACCAUGAGUGCUGACACUGUACCUUCGGCUGCUACAUAAUGAUCUUGUUUCUACAUGUACCAUCGCUUUUUUAUGCUGCAACGACUGAACUAAAGUAGUAUCUUCCUCUGUCAGGGCUAAAUAUAAUAUUUUUAACAGAGAGUUCCUGAUAUUAACUUCAAAACUGUGUUUGUGGUAUUAAAAUGUGUGAAGAAUUGUGUCCCACAGACGGAAUCAGUGUGGGGAAGGCUGUCAGCAGGGUGCAGGAGACAGGAGGCCAGCUGGAUGGCUGGCUAAUAGGCUGGCUGCUAGCUGGCUGGCUUGCUAGCCACUUAUACUAGAUCACAAGGAAACUCUUCCUUAGUUUAGUUGCAGUUUAAACAAUAUCACCACACAAGGGGUUAGAAUCUAGCUACAUCAUAUAUGUAGCCUGGCUGGAAGACACAAUGCCAUCAAGAUGGGUAAUACAAACACAACACAAAUCACACAUUUAUGAAACUCUCUUUUUCUAAAGCAGAGUUUAUUAUGAUUUAAUAAAACUCUCUGAGCAAAACGAUCAUGUUAAAGGCUUACGUUUGUCUGGAUGUGUUUGUAUCACCCAAGGUGUCAUUAAACAGCAUAGUAACACUGUAUUUGCUUCAUUUACGACUUUGUUAUGGACAAUCUGAAGGUGUUUAUGUGUUUAUACACCAGUAAGCAAUAAUUGUGAAUGAGAAAUAAAAGAUGCAAACUAACCACAGGGAGAGUAUGAUAGCUCUAAGUCUUUCCUGUUGCAAUCAACGUACCAAUAUAAGCUCCUGGUGAUGCGUUAAAUGCAACACAAAAGACCCCAAGCUAUCACUCCCCCUCGACCCCAGUGGUUAUUCUGCAUAUGCCAGUACAGUUUAGAAGGCCAGUACUUAUGAAUAUAACUAUACUCUUGUCAGACUGAAUUCAAAAUACUCAAAAAAAACAUUUUACUCAACUGAAAGGUGAAUUAUCAUUAUAAAACCGAAGGCAGCCUUCAAUCUGUUAUAAAAUAUAAUCAACGAUGCUGUUAAUAUAACUCCCCGAGAUAUAAAUAGGCCAGUGUUAUUCCUAGUCUCAAUUAUUGAACAGAUAAUCAAGUGUUUGUUAUGCAUCCAUGUGUCUAGUGUAGCUGUGGGUGACGUUUGUGUAGCGCUGUCUUAGUCUGUUCCUUAUUAACUCUUGUCAGGAUGUAUUGUAGUAGUCCCCAACCUUUUUAGCAUGAAAGGGCCAAUUUAAAAAGCCAAAUUUAAAGGAGGGAAGCAUUUUGUAAUGAUCGAUAUUAACAUUAUACUUAUAGUUAGCCCUUAUUCAAUACUGAUUACAUGGUUAUUGUCACUAACUACACAAUCACAAACACUUAAGCUCAAGAACACUUCAACUGUUCAUUUCAUUCAUAACACCUAGAAAUUUAAAUAUACAGACGAACAAUUUCUAACAAUCACUGCUGACAUGAACACAGCACAGCAUGUGCUAACAUCCACUACAUGUGCUAAAUGUACUACAUGUGCUACUAGGAUAAAUUGGCACUGACCACAAGUGACAGGUGGUUGUUAGAGGUGGCAAUAAGGUUUCGGUGUAAAAUGGCUUUAAAUAUUUUUUAACUGACAUGGUGCAGUGUGGAACCUACGUAGAAGUGAAUUCACAAUUUUAUGUGAGGGGCCGCAUCCAUUGUUAGAAGGGCCCCAGGUUGGGGACCCCUGAUGUAUUGUAUCUAACACACUACUAACCAGUUGAACUCUGCACAAACCUGGCCCAUGGCCGGGCUCCGGGAGUCGAAAAACUCUGGCAACUCAUCAGAGGUAUAUCACAGGCAAAGGUAUAUAUAUAUGUGUGUGUAAAAUAUUGGUGACUCUUAGUAGGCUCAUGUGAUGCAGUAAAUCACAGAAUGGGAGAUUUGAACCCAUGGUAAUCAAGUCUUUACUCACAGUUCAUGCCAACAUGAGUUGUGAGUCACGGCCGCUGCCGGGGGUAUCCAAGAUGUAGUACAUGAAAUGAAUCUCAGUUUGUAGGCCUACUUAAUAAUAAUUUUUAUUUCAGCAUCAUACAAUGUUUGUACAGAGACAGCAGACGUUUUACUGUACAUGCAGAAGCCCAUUGUUAUGCAGAGCAUUUUGGGCAAACUUAAACCUAACUUAAGAUUACAAUGGCAAUAACUUAAAUAUAAGACUACAGUGAACUAGGCCUAAGUAGCUAAAUUAGCUACCACACAUGAACUACUCUGAAGGAGGGGUGUUACUGUUGCAGUUUAAAAACUGUAGUGUAAAGCAGCCCUCUGGCAAGACAGUGAUGGAGUGAAUGAUGAUGAAAGUUUUUCUUUUUCGGGCCACCCUGCUUUGGUGGGAAUCGGCCAGUGUGUUAAUAAAAUAUAAUAAUAAAAAACAUGAACUACUAGGCUAGGUAAGCCUAACCAAUUUCCUAUCUCUUACUGUUAAAAAAAUUCUCAUUUUAAUAAUUAACAGGCUAUAAUUUAUAAUUUUUGAGGCCUACAUACACAAUGCUGCACAAUAUUGAAAACCUUGGAUGCCCCUGUGCUGUAAUGUUGCUGAACAGUGCACUGUUUAGCCUAGAGCAGGAUGGCUACAAGCUCCCCUUCCUCUCUUCCACAAUUCCCCUCAUAAGAGCUUCACAGAAGCUCUCUGUGUUGUACAUAGCUAACAUUCCACACCUGCCUCUAGUACAUAAGUGUUAUACCAACAGGUAUGUAGAUAUGAAGUUGAUCAAACCCAAAUGUUCUUGGUACCAGCGGACAGGUAGAGAAUCGAACGUGGGAGCAAUUCCGCUGUCCUAAGACCUGGUGUCAACCAGUCCCUCCACAGACCCCUUGCUUCCCACCUUGUGUAUAUUAACCCCCUGCCCCCCACACCAUGUAUACCUACCUAUAUCCAGUAUAUAUAUACUACUGCAGGUGUAAUGUGGAGGACCUGCCAUCUGUCUCUCCUGUAUUCAUUUUGAUACAUCACUAGCAACUAACCCUCGCUAACCACUACCAACCCUAGUAUAUAGUAUAUAUGACAAUAUAAACCUGGUAUUUGUCUAGCUCUAUUCCCCCAGGUUACAUCCUUCCAUUCUCUGUGCUACUCAAUCUUUCCACUACCCUCCAGUUUUCAUCAAUCAAUUUUCAUCAAUCUUGAAUUCUCUUUAUUUAAAUUGAGCAUUUCUUCACUAUCAAAUUUUUAUUUCCCCCCUCCUCUUAUUUUCAGUAUCUAUUGUUUGCUCAGUAAUAACUCACAUGCAGACAGAAACUCGGAAGAUUGAUUGAUCUGUAUAUUCUGACCCCCUUCUGGGGUCCUCUGCAGCAGGAGAGGACCCCAGAAAGGGGUAAAAAUACACAGACCAAUCAAUCUCCUGUGUCCUGUCUCCACCUGGGUUAUUACUGAGCAUUUAUAAGUAUUCAUUAUACUUUAGUUAUUCAUCUAUUGUUUCUUUUAAAGUAAUUUAAUAAAUUUUCUUAACUAUAUAAGUAACUACACAAUAACUAAGUGGGUGAAAUAGUCUUCAGGACCCUGACUACUGGUCAGGUUGUUGGUGGAUAGCACACACCGUGACAACCAAAUGACAUACUACCAAUGAUAGUGGAGGACAGACUGGCUGUGGAAACUUUUACUGGGAUGUUUCGCCCUGUCUAGAGUGAAACAUCGGCCCAAUAAAAGAGCAUCCUGCAGCCUGUCCAUUCUUCACGUCAGUUAAGAUUGCGUUGAUCUUUUCAUUAUCAUUGACAUGAUUUAUUAAAAAUGCCAUCUUUUAUUAAAACUGACAUCUUUUAUUAAAACUGACAUCAUUUAUUACAAAUGACAUCAUCUGAUCAAUUUGGUUCUUUUCACCAUGGGAUUAUUAGUUAAUAAAUUCUAGCAUUGUGUAAAA